CACCAGUUCGAAAUGGUAUGACAAGUGAGUAAAACGCAAUGUUUAUAGUGUGUAAGUGAAUCUAGUGUUAGUUUAAAUAAAAUAGUGUAAAUAUGGCGUAUGUGAAUGUAAAAGAUUGGUCCGUUGACCAGGUUACCGAUUGGAUCAAGGGUUUGGACAAUGUUAUUUUGAAAUACGCCGCGUCAUUUUUGAAUAAUGGCGUGACGGGUCAUCAGCUUUUGAACCUGCGAGCUGAGGAUUUGGAACAUCUCGGCGUGAAGACCUUAGGCCAUCAGGAGAUCAUACUGGAAGCAGUCGAGCACCUUAGAAAUUUUCAUUACGAAUUAGAUAAGGAAAACUUGCAGAUGUUAGCGUUAAAGCUAUCGUGUGCCGCCAACUCACUAUUCAAGGAACUAUUACUCCAGGACGAUGAUGCAAAGCUGACCAAUCAAAUAACCACAGAUGUGCACAACGUGAUCAAUGCGGUGAAACCACUGGCCUGUUGGAUGGACAGGUCCCCUUUCGCAGGCGAUAAAGAGUACAACGAAAACAAAUAUGCGCUUUUACAACUCAGUAGCAAAAUGGCAACAAUAGCUUUAAGAGAUAUUUUUUCUCAACAACCAGUAAGAGCUAUUCGAAAAAUUUGCGAAGAACUAUCAAAGAAAGCCGAUGAUAUUAUCCAGGUGAUGUCCGACCCGAUGAUAUUACAACCCGCAUCCCUCGAUUUGGCAACAUUAAAAAAGAAAGAGCAGGAUUUAGGUUUCCUAAUUAUGCCCUGCAAUCAUGCCAUCCAUCAAAUAUGCGAAAUUAAAUACGGGUAUCCCGCUCACAGCUGCAAUAAAAUAGAAAAUGGAGACGAAAUAGUACAAGUUAACUACCAAACGGUGGUUGGUUGGCACAGAAAAAAUGUGAUGCUGUUAAUUCGGGAAUCGCCACCAGAAAUCGUGCUUACCUUAAAGAAACGACCAAGACACACGAAAGUUUACGGACAGAUAUACAUGAAACCUUACAGGUUGCCGAGCAAGAAACGGGGAGGUCAAAAUUGGUCCAGAUGGAACGACAAUCUUCCCUCUCCUAGACUUAUGCCCAUACACGAUUUACCACCGUUAAAUAUUCCCAAGUUGUGUCCAACUGUGGAGGAACCCGUCGACGUUGAAAGCACCAGCAGUAGUGACAGCGAACCCCCUGACAGUCCCAUUGAUGGCGAAGGUAGAAUGUAUCCACUAAAGCCUAGACCAAUAUUGCAAAGGAGAAAUACCAUAACAGGUGCCACACCAACAAGCAAAAGACCUUAUUUACCAAUUGAAUACUGGGAGCUGUACAAAACUAACAACUCUAGUACACACGCCAGUUCCUAUCACAUAGACAGUGUAAUGAACAUUGAAGAACAGUUUCUCCGUGACAAAAGCGUUUCUUGCAACGUGGGUCUAGAUAAACGACCGACCACAGUUAUCGGAUUAGCCAGCAGGAAUACGUCAUUUAAAAAAAGCUUUAAAGACAAAACGAAAAAGAAAGUCAACUUUGACGAGAAUAAUCAAAUCGGUGAUACAAGUGAUAUUAAAAAAGAAGAAAACAAAGAAAAUUCCUUAAAUGUACCUGAAACUAAUUUAGACGAAGAAAAAAGCGUCAGUGUAAAUAGUUUAACAAGCUUAAACAAUGAGAAGAUUUCAUUUAUCGACGAAGGUAGAGAUUUGACUGACCGUUCCAGCAUGAUAUCGGAUUGGAAGAAUGAAAUAGUUGAAGAAACCAUUGCGUCCAUUAAUAUGAAACCUGUUGAAACAAUUAACGAAAAUGUAGGACAAUCAAAUCCUUCUAUCAAAGAUAUUAUAAAAAGAUUUGACAAUCAACCAAAAGUGUUGCCUAGGUCACAGGUCAAAAAACCACCUGAGGUUCCCCAAAAACCUAAACCUGCUGUGCCACCCAGAUCAGCUACUACUAAAUUACGAGGUAAAUUAGAUAAAAGUCACAGUACUCCAGCUUAUGACUUAACAGAAGAAGAUGCAACCACCGAUAAUUAUGUUGUGGAUAAAACUAUACCAUUAACCAAGCUACCUGAUGUAAUACCCACUAUACAAGAAACAAUUAAAGAGGUUCCUCGAGAACAAGAUGCUCCGUUUACCGAGACGAAUUACGAAUUGGGCAUACCUAUUGUGGAGUCUCCAAGUCUAGUUAAGACUGAAAUCAGCAAGUCGCAGGAGUUGUUGUUACUCAAAGACAAUCCAGUGGACAUCAUCAAAGAAGACUUACCACCAAAACCACCUCCAAGAAACCUGGAUGUACCCAAGCCAGCUUAUCCAGCAGACUCUCCCAAACCACAAAAUCUACUGGAUUUAGCUAAAAGCCAACAAGUCACAAAACUAGAACAACCUCCCAAGCAAAUAUUUGAUUUUCCCGAACCCAAAACUCCCGACCACAAGCCAGAUCUUUCUAAUACUUCUCUAGAUCUGGCCAUACAACAAACUGGAACAAUUAUGGGCAAGCUCAUUUAUGAGGAAAAACCAGUUAAAUCGUUUGAACCCAAAAUUGUAUCAACUCCAGUAACAAAGGCCAAGAUGGAUUUUAGCGAAGCAGAAACAUUCCAACACAAAAGUAACUAUGAAGUACAAAAACCCCUUACAUAUGAAACACAAAAGAGUUUGAAUUAUGAAUUACAAAAAAGUUACGACGCCCAAAAAGUGUCACCAACUAAUUCAAUUGUUAAGGCAAUGAUUUCGAGCAAAGGCAAGGGGGCAAAGAAGAAAAAUACGUUGACAGCAAAAAGAAGAAAGGUAACAGUAAACGACCUAAGUCCAUGUGAUAUUCAAGGAUUUCUGUAUCAGAGACUUAGAAGUAAAAACAAUAUUCAUUGGACAAAGAGGUGGUUCGUCCUAUUGGGGAAUUAUUUAUAUGGGUUUAAAACAAAAGAAGAUCCCAGAGCAGCUUGUCUGAUAUUUCUCUCUGGCUACACAGUGGCUGUGGCAAACGAGGUCAAAUCGAGGUCGCAUGCUUUCAAAGUUUACCACACGGGAACUGCAUUUUAUUUCUCGGCUGACGAUUCAGAAACAUUACAGUCGUGGAUUGAACUUAUAAAACCAGCGACAAUGCACAGUGAUAGCUCGAACUCACAGGAUGGUGCUCUAUAUUCCGAAACCGACGAGUCUGACUCAGAAAAACCUAAGCCUGCUUUUAAUGACAAAAAUGAUUCGUUAAAGAAAUUCGGUAGCCUAAAAAAAUUUACUUCAAAGAAAAACAGUGAUAAUACUCAAAGCGGCAGUACCAGUUUGGAUAGAAAGUGGUUUUUUAAGUCCUCCAGUAGCAGUUCAUCAAAGAAUUCCAUACCAGUACCAACAGCACAAUUCAGGUCUUACAGAAAAAUUAGGAACGAAACUGAAAAAAGUGUUACCACUGGAAAUUUUACUUCACAUGUUGCACUAUUUACCCCACCAGCGUUACCUGCAUCCCAAAACGUAAGCGUUCCUAAUCUCACAGUGGAAAAUAUACCAGUAAAACAACCUGAACCGAAAAAUAGGCCACAAAAGAAUUUACCAAUUAAUAAUAUACAUGCCAGUAAUCCAAGUUUGUGCAAUAUUAGCGAUUUUAAUGUUCCUUCUUUUCCCAAGAAGUCCUAUAAUAAACCUCCAAAUGAAAGUUUUCAUAUGACCUUGGAGGAGCUAAUGGUACAAGAAAACGCACAAAAGAUGCUUAAUCCCCAUGUAAUAGCAGAAAUGGAAAAAAAUUUAACUCUUAUUAAACCUGACGUAGUUUAUGGUGAAAUUCCAAUUAGACAUCCUGAGAAACAACCUGAGGAAAUAUCUAAGGAACCUCUCCAACCAUCUCAUUCCCGUCAGUCUUCCACUUCUAGUUCUCAAAAUACAGACAAACAUGAUACUAGUUGUUUUGGUAAGAGACUAGGAUCUUUAAAGAAAUCUCACCAUAAAGACAACCAUGAUUUCGAUAGCAAAACAGCCACAUACCCAAAGUCGGGCAAUAAAAACCAAGACACAAGCAAAUCGUAUGAUAACAAAAUGAAUAGGUCGUUACCAAGACAGCAUAAACUCCAAGAAAAUUGUAAGCAAUAUGAUGAUAUUGUGUAUUCAGAUUUUAAAAAGGAACGUUCUUACGAAAUGAUUUAUUGCCCCAAAACCGUCAACGAUGUACAGUUUGCACAAAAUCGAUCCUUAGACGAACAAAUGUAUCACGGUACUCCUAAAAAGUCGCAUAAGAUAAAAAAGCAACACAGUUUUACAUCAUCAGAUAAAAAAUCUAAACACGACAGUCUAUUACAUAGUACAAAGGUAUCCGAUUCGUCAACCUCCAAACUAAAACUGAAAUCAGCCACCCAGUACACACCCAUGUCUUUACCACUAAGUCAAGACUCCAGGGCGAAACCAAAACUUGCCUUUGAAUUAAAUUUAGACGAAAAGUCUGGUAAAAGUGGGAAAUUUAAUAAGUUAUUAGGGAAUAAAUCGGAAAGCAAAAAGGAGAAAACAUUUUUUGGAUCGCCUAAACUGCACAGGGCCAUAUUUAAAAAGAACGAUUCUAGGAGUGAACUCAACUGGCCAAGCACCUCAACGCCACCGAUUAUGAUGUCACAGAGCACGUAUUCAUUGGAACACUCGCCGCCAAGCAAUUCUGAACCGGCCUCGAUGAAUAUCAGUCCCCAAGCUGAUUAUCCGGGUCUGAAGUAUCCACCUGUAUUUGAGCCAGAGACAUAUUCUCUUGCCGAUCCGCAAAGCAUAACACGUAAAGCACAACAAAAUUGAAUUGUUUUAUAUCCGUUCUUUAGACUAAAUAUAAAAUAUUAGGACUGACGUAUUAGAGUGAUAAAUAUAGUAUUAUAUAUUAAAUUUAUAUUUUAAUCAAUAUUAAUCUUAUGAAAGAGUGAUUUUAAAUAGUUUUGCGUUGUUGUACCACACAUGAAAGUCGUCCAAGUUUGUGCCUUAUAUAAUAUUAAUAAUAUUUCGUUAAAUAGUUUUGUCAAUAGUAAUUGUUGAUAUUUUAUACACAAUGCUUUGCAUAUAUCAUUUAAGAUAAUCAUAUUAUUUGCUUUAAAUUAAGCAAUUUAAAAUUCAUAUGAUGAAUUUGUGUUUUUAAAUGAGUAUAAUAACUACUUAUUACAAUUCAAUUAUGUUUGACUUCCUUGUGAUAGAAUUAUUUUAUAAGAAUGUACAUAUAAAUUAUAUAAGUUUUUUAUUAAAUAUUCAUAUAUUAUUGAAACUAUUCUUUUGAAAAUAAAAGUUUAUAUGAUGAAUAAAAGAUUUUUUUUAGAAAUUUCGGGUAGUUCAGUUUGUAGAUGCCAUCAGUUCAGGUUAACCAUGAUAAUGAGAAAAUAUACAUAUAGUAUGUCCUCAAAUGAUAGGUUACCUCUUGAAGACAUUUUGUAUGAUACUUGUUACACAGUAUUAUUUUAUUUGUAAAUAGAAAAGUUUGUAGUUUUAUAUAGGUUUUGUUAUAUAUUGCUUUUAUAUAGUAUGUGCCAAAAUCAUUCACCAUUUAUUAAUAUAUUUAUAAAAGU